AUGUUCCGCUCUCUCGCUCGCAGCGCCCUCGAAGGGGUGCAGAAAGUCCCUGACGCGCUCGCUCGACAUGCCAGUACCGCUGCGCAACCGCCUGAGCCCGCUCACCCUGCUGCUGAACCACCCAGUAAGACCCCGAGGAAAAGGACGAGGUACGACGCGCUGAGGGAGUUGCCGGCUGCGCCGUGGCGACUAGCGUUCCGCUCUCUUCCUUACGAUGCCGCCAAUACCGUCCUCUUCCCCUCGAAAUCCGCGCAGCCGCUCCAGUUCAACAUUACGAACACCCUCUUCAGCAUGAGAUGCUUCCCCAUGCCAACCCGCCAUCCAAACGGAAACCCUUAUCCAAUCCCUCGCUCCGCUUCAAGAGACCUCCCUUCGCCUCCCCCUACGUUCGCCGGCCUGACAGACGACGACCCGUCACACCUCGACCCCUUCCUCUCGACUCCCGAGGAUGUGCGGAAACAUCUCGCGAGGCUGAAGAAGCAGAAGAAGCCGUACACAAUGGACCUGACGAUCAUGGCAGGCAAGAAGAAGGUGCACAAGAGCGCGUGUAUUCGCGACCGGUGUAAGAGGCGGUUCAGAGAGGCGGUGAGGAUGGUUGUCGUGCGCGGAGCACGGAAGGAUGAGAAUGCGCCGGGAGGAAUCGCGGUCAGCGAGGAGGUUGUUGGCGAGACGGGCCCGAGAAAGUGGUUGAUGGCUGGUUACUGCUACGUUGUCACGAUCGACCUUGAGAUGUACCGACAUCCUCUACCGGACCUCGUCGAGCACGUCCGGACCGCGCUGACAAACCUGAAGCGGCGAGCGGAACAGGCUACGCUCGACGCGCAACUGGACGACCUGGAGAUCUCGCCGCGCGCGAGAGAGCCGGACGAAGCAGUCACUGCAGAUUGA